AUUUUGCCAUAAAACACAAUUUGUAAUGGUGACUCACAUGGCAGUCCUGUGCAGGUAAGCUGCUUAAGUUGUCCUUGAAGUCAAUCGGAUUUAUUUCUGUAGCUGUUGUUGUUAUGUUGACUGUUGUUGUUUGAUUGUAGCCCACGGUUAGCCUAGCCCUGGCAGAGAAGCUGCUCAGUAUACUGUACUGAGGCAAACCAAACCCCUGUGUUGCAAGCACUCAAGUGAAACAAAAACUGGGCAACAGUUGCCCAGUUUUUGUUUCAGUAUACAGUACUGAGGCAACAGGACCACCCUGUCUGAUUUUCAGUGCUGUAGCAACUCAGAAUUGUAGCAUUAACAAAAAUAUAUGCAGCUCAGUGGGAUAUUUUAGUCCUGUUGGGAAAGAAAUUCAGAUUAUUUAAACGCUCUUCUACAUUCUGGAUUCUGCGUGUUUGUUAUAUGACUCUUACCGCUGAGAUGGGAAUUUGCAUAGAAGGUGUUCUGGGCAAGGCAGAUUACAAUCACGACAGUGUCAAUCAGUGGACUGCAGCUAUAGUAGAGCAAUCUUUAACACAACUGGUAAAACUGGGGAAAACGUACAAGUACAUUGUAACCUGUGCAGUGAUGCAGAAGUGUGGAGCUGGUCUGCAUACAGCAAGCUCAUGUUUCUGGGAUACCACAACUGAUGGUACCUGCACAGUCCGAUGGGAAAACCGAACUAUGAACUGCAUCGUAAAUGUCUUUGCUGUAGCCAUUAUUCUGUAGCAAACUGGACAAAUCGCACUAAGUUAUGCCAAAGCCUUUAAGAACAAAACUAUCAAAUUACUUAUAGUACAUUGUAAGAAUUAUGAAAUAAAACUAUAUUUAUGCACUAAAGAGAGAGCAGGAAAUGUGCUUUAAAAAAGGUCUCUGCACAAUAUAUAUAUAUUAUAGUAAAGUGUAAUCGUUCCGCUUAGCCAGCUGGCAGCUUGCUAGAGACCAGCUGUAAAAGAAAAAGGACAAUGUUUUGAGCAUUCUAGGACUGUGGUUGUCUCUGCUCGCCAACCUGCAACCUGCAAGAAGUGAUGGAAAAGUUACAUAAAAAUAAGAAAAUGCAUGUUUUCCCCCACAUUACCACUGGCUCUUCAUACAUAGCAGCUUAAGAUAAAUGUAAUCAGUAAGGGGGAAGAGAAUAUUAUUUGCUACACAUAUAUAUAAUUGGUUCUGAGUUAUGGAAGUUGAUGCCUUAGAAUAGUGGUUUUAAACCUGUGUUCCAAGGAAUCCUUGAACUGUGCUGCUUCAGUAUAAUGGCCAAUCUCUGCCCCCUGAAAACUAGAGUUGUGAAAGCGUGUUGUUUGCUGUAAAGCACACACUCAUUUGAUGCAGAGCAACAGCUACCACAUAGUCUCAUGCACACAACCCAGAACAUAAUUCCAGCAUGAAUAGGUCCCACAGCAGGUGAAAAAAGUUCAUUGAAAGCUGUAAGUUUGAAAUCCACUGCUGCUUAGACAAUUGGUGUUUGUGAUUUAUAAUGCAUAAUAAAUUAAGCAGCGAGGGGGGAGGAAGCAGAAAAACCCAACAAGUUGUAAAAUAAUAUUUUCAUGUUUUAUGCACAAAAUUUAUAAAGGCCAAAGUACCUACGUUUCUCAUACAGGGUAUGAAUGUUCAGCAAAAGAAUGUAUUUUUCAUGCUGUAAGGCUGUGCUUAAGCUUACACUGCGGCACAAUUCCUAAGGCACAUUCGUCAAAGUCGGGAAAUUGUAUUAAAACAUUCUGCAACAAUUUGGUUCAUUUAUUGGUGCACUAACAAAUAUUUGGUGCAUCAGCACAAAGUCACAAACCGAAAGCAUUAAAAUAAUGUAACGGUACCUUCACAGGCAGAUAAUACAUGUGCAAACACUUUAGAUUAGGAUAUUUAAAGUUUAGCAAUGCUCUCGUGAUACCAUUUUAUUGCAUAUCUUCCAGGCAGGACCAGCCUUUGGCUCUUCAGAUUCUUGAACAGAGUUGUGCUUGCUCAUUUCAAACUAUAUAAAAAUAAUGUUUCAUAUGUAGCACUUGGAAAUAGAAUAAUUUGAAGUGGGGACUUGUCUAUGUCUUAAGGGGCACUUACUUAGGCUGUAGGUAUGUUACUUACAGAAUAAUUAACAGGCUGCAGUCCUUACUUCCUAGUAGUGGUCAUAGAGUUAGACCAUAAAUCCUUGCUAUUUAUGUUAUUAGUUAAAAUAAUUCUGCAAUCCUAUGCUUAUUUGAGAGAAAAUUGCAUUGAAGAGAGUGGAACUUACUUCUGAGUAAACAUGCAGGGAAUCAACAGUAUCCUUCAUACUUCCUAGAUCUAAAUUAGAAAAUUAUCCACUUAAGUCAAGUGGGGUAAUCCUAAUAACUUGAAGAACCACUCAAGCAAAUAUUAAGUACCUUGGCAAAUAUGUUUAGUAUAUAGGAUUCUAUUUUUUCAUAAAAAGUUACAUUAUUUUGCAUUUAUUUAUAUACCUAAUAGAACUUGAAGCUAUACUGUUGCAUUAAGCAUUUUUGCCUUUUGUCCACACUGCAACAAGCUGGUUUCAGUUGCAGUUUAUGUUUAGAAUUUUUUUAUCAUUGCAAUGGUUUUGCUUUGAAUUACUUUAACAUUAUAAUAUGUCAAGCACCAAAGGUCUAGCUGUUUUUUGGUUAAUAAAGUUGCAUAUUUAAGCAAAUACCAUGUUUAUAUUCCAUAUUGUUAUAGCGUGAACAAAGAUAUCUCUGUACUCUUUAAAUGAAUGCACAUAUCUACAGCUACAGAACUAAAAUACUAUGUGAAGUUCUCUCACAGCUCUGGAUCCAAAAUUUGCUCUUUUUCUGGGUGCAAACUAUUUUAAUCUUUUUUCUGAAGCAGUAAAAGAUAAUGAUGAAGAGAGAACAUUUUACAGGUGGUGGAAACACUAUAGAAUAUAGAUGAAUGCAGUUUUCUGAAACAACUACUAGUAAAGGGUUUGGCCAGAAAAUAAAGACAAAGGUACAAUCUACCUUUUACUCUUUUUUAUAGUAAACUUCUGAUGCUGUUACUGAGACUAGAUGGUUUUAUUCGCAGUUGUAUUUCUGGGUUUUAAAAAAUGCAGUUGAACAUAAGUUAUGCUGAGAAAAUGAAUGCUCAACAAUAUAUCUUAUGGCAAGAUUGCACUAGAAAUUAUGCUGGUAUUGGUUUUAAAAUAGGUACAGUUUGUUUUAACUAAAAAAAUACAAAUAAAAGGUGCCUGCCUUAUCUAUAUUCUGUGUCUUUCGGAUGAAUUGAGCAAAUUAUCGCUAGAGCAUUUAAUAGGGCAUUUUCUGUUCUAAAAUUAUCUUCUAGUCUUUUCUUGAUGUGCUGAGAUCAAGCUUUCUUUGUCAUGUUCUGUUGUGUUAAAACAACUCCUCAACCUACUGACUUCUGGUCUGCCGCGCUGGAAUGGAGGCGCAGAAACCUCGCGCUGCGAGGUUUCUGGCAUCGCGGAGGGGGGGGGAAAUCCGCGGGGGCACGCGGAUCCCCGUAAAUACCCCUGGUUGAGCGUCCAGGGGGCAAUUUUUGCCUGGCAGAGCUCCAGAAGCGACUCCUCAGCUGCCCAGGAAGCCCGCAAGAGCUCCUGAGAGCCAGCCGAGUGGCAGUCGCGGGAGCCAUUUUAGGCAUACCAUCGUUACCUCCAAGAAGCGAAGCUCCGAGCCUCCAACCUGCAGGCGGUGGAUUCUUCCUGAAAAAGUUACGAUCUGGACGAAGUAAGUUGAAAUCAAUCAAUUUGGAACAAGAAUUUGGCAGUGGGAGGCGGAGAUUAAAAAGGGAAGUCAUCUCCCCCCGAUUGAGUAACUAAAGAUCGCAGCAAGCUAGAAAACCCAGAAAUGCUGUAAAAAGAACUUUUUCCUGAGGCAGAGUAAAGGAAAAAGUAAGCGGUGUAUUUAUCUCUGCAAAAGACUGAGAUCUGUAUGAGAAAAGCCCCCUGAGAGCCUGGAGUCGGGUCAAAGGAAAGAUCAGCCAGUCUGCUGAAUGACGUCACAAUACAAAGGAAUGUGUCUGGCUGAAUGUGAGAGACUGAGAGCUGUAAACAGUGAAAGAGGACUUGUUUUGCCUUGAGGCUGCUCA